AUGGAGAGGCGCCAUGCCCUGAUCGGGAUGCUUGGUGCCGGCUGCCUCCUGCCCUCGGCGGCAGCCCAGGCCCAGGAACUGGGCUCCCAGGUGAGUGUGGACCAGCUGAACACAUUCCAGAAGGCCGACAUCAUCGCUGACGUGCAGCGGCGGGCGCUCAAGGCGCUGAAGCAGGAGCUGACGGCCGCUGACGCCUCCAGCGCGCUGCGCCUCGUCCUGCACGACGCCGCCACCUACAACGUGGCCACCGGAACCGGCGGCGUGGAUGGGUCCAUUGUCACCUCGGAGGAGCUGGAUCGGCCAGAGAACAAGUCCUUGGUGCCGCUGGUCAAGCGCCUGUCCAAGGUCAAGGCGGAGCUGGAUGGGCAGGCGGAGAAGCGGGGUCAGGCCCCCAUCUCCUGGGCGGAUCUCAUCGUGCUGGCCGGCGCUGCGGCGGCCAGCCUGGACUGGAAGGCCAUCAAGCUGGGCCGCGCCACCGACGCCGCAGGGGGGGAGAUCAUCGCCUCGCAGCUGGCCACCCCCAUCCCCGUCUCGCUGGGGAGGGGGGACUCGCCGGCGCCCAACCCCAGCCCCAUCAUCCCUACCCCGACCGAGAACGCCAGCCCCCAGGAAGUCAAGGACUUUUUCAACCGACUGGGCAACCCCAGCUCUGACAACGGCGAGGGUCUGUUCUCACGCAAGCCCCCCUUCUUCCCUCGGGCCGCCUUUGUGCUGUGGACAGCGGCGCAGCCAGACCCCGCAGCGGCCGAGGCGAAGCUGGCUACGGACCCGGCCUUUGCGGAGUGGAAGACCAGCUACGACCGCAGCCGGCGCACCGUCACCCGCAACAACUACGAGGUGGACUUUGGCACCUACUACGAGCGCCUGGCCAACCUGGGUGCCAAGUUUGAUCGCACCCGCUACCUCAUUCCCCUGAAAACAGCCAACAUCCCCCGGCUCUGA